CGGGUCCCGGAUAUGUUAAAAAAAAAGUUAGCGCCUGGGAUGAACGAUGUCCCACCGAUCCGGAUUUUGAAACGUGAGUGAUAUAAAGAAUCAUGGAGGCCUGAACUCAAUCGAAUGCCUGAAAAAAAAAAAGUUGGAACUAAAAUAAAAUCAAAGAAGGACAUGAUUUGAGGGAGAACAAGAAAUUUAGGGGAGUAGUUUAUAUUUGGAAAGUAAAAUGGAGUUUUCUCUGUAAAAUUAAAUGGCAUUUUCUUUACAAAAUUGAAUUUUGUCCAUCCAAAUUAUUGUUUUUUUGAAGGUUAAUUUUAUCAAGGAAUUUAUGGCCUGGUUUCUUCUCUAUCAACGUUUACACUCGGCUGAAACCAUGAUUCACCCACUCCUCCUCUUCUGCCUCAAAACCCUAGUUUCUUCUUUCCCUCCUCCAAAAUCCCUAGUUUCCCAUUUCCAUUGUUCUAUGAGAACCCCAAUGUUGCAAUUUUCCUCCUCUGCCUCUGCAAUUGGAUCACCAGCUCGAGUUCAGAAGCUCAUUGCCUCUCAACCGGACCCUCUCCUGGCCUAUGAAAUCUUCGACCUAGCUUCUCGGCAACCAAACUUCACGCCUUCUUACUCCUCUUUUCACUCUCUCAUUCUCAAGCUCGGUCGCCAUCGCCAAUUUUCUUUGAUGGAGAAGCUCAUUUCCAAGCUCAAAUCGGAAGGUCGCCCGGUGACUCCUGGUCUCUUCUCUGAUGUGAUCACCAUCUAUGGCGAUUCAGGUAUGCCUGAUCAAUCUGUGAAGACCUUCUUUAAGAUGCUUGAAUUUCAAUGCAAGCCUGUGGCCAAGCAUUUCAAUGCGUUAAUUUUGGUGCUAGUUGAGCAUAAUCGUGUACAAGUGGCUUAUUCAUUGUUUAAGGAUUUGGAGAAGUUUGGUAUCUCUGCAAAUACAGAGACAUUCAACAUAUUGAUGAAGGCUUUUUGCUUUUAUGAUAAACUUAGUAUUGCUUAUAAGCUCUUUAACCAGAUGUUUAAGCAAGGCCUGGUUCCUGAUGUGGAGUCCUACAGGAUUUUGAUGCAGGGUUUGUGUAGAAAAAGCCAGGUUAAAACUGCUCUGAACUUUUUCGAUGACAUGAUGAACAAGGGUUUUGUACCAGAUGCUUUGAGCUAUAAUACUUUGUUGAAUAGUCUGUGUAGGAAAAAGAAACUUAGAGAAGCUUACAAAAUGCUUUGUCGAAUGAAGGUGAAGGGAUGCAACCCUGAUAUUCUCCAUUACAAUACUGUGAUCACUGGUUUUGUUAGAGAAGGUAGGGCCUCUGAUGCUUGUAAGGUUCUUGAAGAGAUGCCCUCCAAUGGGUGCUUACCAAAUUCUCUGUCUUAUAGAACGUUAGUUGAUGGGCUUUGUAAAGAGGGGAAGCUUGUUGAGGCCAAGCAUUAUUUGGGGGAGAUGAUUUGUAAGGGUUUUAUGCCUCAUACAUCUUCACUGCAUUUUUUGGUUGUUAGGAUUUGUGGUGGGGGGAAGAUUGAUGAGGCUUGUGAGAUGGUUAAGGCUGCCGGUAAUAUUGGCAUGGCACCACAUGCCAAGACUUGGGAGCUGGUUAUGCAAAGAAUCUUUGAUGUUGAUGAGGUGAGAAUUGAGGCAAUUUUGAGGGAGGUUGUAAAAAGGGAGUUUAAUUUUGUAUGACAAAUUUAGAAAAAUUUUCAUCUUGAAAUUAAAAGAGAAAAAGAAAGGCAAAAUAAUCCUACCCGAGACCUAUAAUUUGGAGUUGCUUGAUGUUGAUUGGUUUGAAGGCCAAAAAAUUAUAUUUUAAAGCCAUGAUUUUGGGUUGCUUGGAAAUGGGCGUUGAUUUCUUUUUAUACUUCAACAAGCUAUGGCAAUUCACAAGAUAUUAUAUUUUGAAGCUAUAAUUUGGGGGUCUUUCGAAGGCCAAAAACUUCUAUGCUACAGAUACUAUUUGGGGUUGCCUGGAAAAGGGGUGUUGAACAGUUAUGGAAAAAAUUAUCUGUUGGAGAAUAUGAUCUAGGAUUCUUUAAAAUGGCUGUUGAUCGGUUUUGAAAGCCAGAAAGUCUAUUCUUGGAGCUAUGAUUUGAUGUUGCUUGAAUACAAUUGUGUGCACAGGAACAUUGGGCUUGUCAAAGAGUGCUCAGACUAAGCCAAUAUUUAUUCAAGGUGCUUUUGGUGAGUAAAGUUUCUUACCUGAACAAAAAAAACUAGUUCUAUGAUUAUUAAUGUUGUUUUUUAUUUUCUGCUGCUGAUGCUAUACUGGAUUAUGACCAAAAGAGAAUUUUGAAUUGUUUCUUAUUUAUGUUACAUGGAAUCGUUAUUUUAGAUCAUUUAUAGAAAUAUAACGAAUGUGUAAAAGCUGCCUCGAAUCCAACAAUAAACAAGAAGAAAUAGUAGUAAGUAACUGGUAACAUGUUUCGGUUCUUGAUAUUGCUUCAGGGUGAUGCUGAAUCAAAAUCCGUUAAUAUUAGAUUACCUUUGAAAUGAAUCUUGUUAGACUCAUUUAAAAUGAAGAGGGACAUUUGGUUUUCUCUGAAGUAGGAGAAGAAUUAACUACUGAUUUCUAAUCAUAAAAAGAAACGUACCUGGUGAAUCACAAGUAAUUUUUUUUUUAUUUAGGAGAAUGAGAUCCAACCUAGAGGACUCAAUUACUGUUCCACUACAUUGUUAAAGAAAUCCAUGUAGUUUUGGGAAAGUUAUCAAUUGCACGUAUUAUCAUCAGGUGUUAAUAUCAUGCUGGAAAGGAGUUAAGACCCUGGAUAUUAGUCCAUUAUUUGCUGGCUCAUAUGGCUGUGAUUUGUUUAGGUCAAGGACAGUUAUUUAUAUUACUUUUUGGGUCAGUAUUACUGGUGCGUGUAGCUUGAAUCUCAUCGUUCAUUUACUCUCUCUGUUCUACAUAAGGCAAUGCCUAACCAUCGCUUUUAAAGAUUGCCUAUGCUGUGUUUGAUGGGUUGAAGACCUUUUGUCUUCAUAGGUUCCAGCCGAAGUAAUCUGGGUUAUUCUUUAGGUUAUACAAGGUAUUUGAUCCUUGGCUAGUGCUAAUCUACAUCCCAAGAUUGUAGUUCAAUUAUGUAUUUAUUCGUCGAGUGAGUAUAUAUCAAGGCUAGUGCUUACCAAAGUUCUAUUUCUUGUUGAGGAGGUUGAGGUUCACAACCACAUGCUUCCUCUCAAUAUUUUCUUCUUGGCUGCUUUUGUCUAAUUUGUUAUAGGAAAAGUAUACAAUGAGACCAUUUACCUUUAGUUCAAGGUGGUCAUAAUUAAUUUUGACCAUUGAACAUGAA